AUGCCAGUCCCUGCGGAUGAUCCCCGCCUUGGCCGCUGCGGCUUUGCCAAGCUGGUGGGCAACGGCGGCAAGCUGAACUACAUCAUGCGCACAUACGAGGUGCUGCUGGGGCGGCACAGCAAGACCAAACAGGUGGACGUGCCGCUCGCCGAGCACAAGGCCGUCUCCCGCGAGCACGCCUACAUCCGCUACAACUUCGACAAGAAGCACUUCGAGCUGGAGGUGGUGGGCAAGAACGGGGUGAAGGUCAACGGCGAGGACCACAAGCCCGGGGCGCCCAACACCCCCGGCCCCAUCCCGCUCGCCUCCCAGGCCCACCUCCAGAUCGGCGAGGACCUCACCUUCUUCUUCCUGCUGCCCAAGCCGCCCCGCGAGGUGGCCACCGCCUCGCGCAAGCGCAAGCUCGGGUCCAUGGCGCUGCCGCCACACAUGGCCCAACACAUGGCGCCGGCGCUGAAGCGCAGCGACACCGCGUCGUCCCGCCCCGCCUCUGCUGGCGCAGCAGCUGCGGCGGCGCCCCCACCGGACGUCAUGCAGAUGUUCACGCAGGCCGUGCAGCCCGCGCAGCAGCAGCAGCAGCCCAGGCCGCUGGCGCAGCACGCCGCGGCGCAGCAGCAGGCGGCCAUCGCGCGGCUGCUGCAGGCGCAGCAGGCGGCGAGGCUGCAGCAGCAGGCACAGCAGCAGCAGGCGGCAGCAGCAGCCGAGCCCGCCGCCGCAGGCCCGGCCGCGCCCGCCGCCCCGGCAGCCGCAGCCGCCGUGCCGAAGCCGGCCAGCGGGGCGGCCGCGGCACCUGCAGUUGGGGCCGCAGCGCCUGGAGCCACUGCCGACACUCUGGCCGCGGCUCAGCAGCAGGUGCUGAGCUCUCUGAUGGCCAACCCGGCGCAUCUGCAGCAGCUGCUGGCCGUGUCCCUGCAGCAGCAGCAGGCCAGGCAGGGGGCUGGCGCCGCCGCCGCGGCAGCGCCCGUCGCUCCGGCGGGCGUUUCCCUCGCGGCGGUGUCGGCCUUGCAGCAGCAGCAGAUGGCGGCAGUGCAGAUGAGGCAGGCGCAAGCGGCCCAGGCGGCUCAGGCUCAGCAGCAGCAGCAGCAGGCUGCCGCGGCAGCUGCUGCGGCGCAGCAGGCGCAGGGCGUGCAGGGUGCGCAGCUGACGCCGGCUCAGGUGCUGCAGAUGCAGAUGCAGAUGCAGUUGCAGAUGCAGCGCAUGGCGGGCAUGCAGCCUGGCGCCCAGCCGCCGCGUUGA